GAAAACAAAUCCAAGUGAAAAUGAGCAUCCGAUCUGAGAAAAAGACUUUCUGACCUUAAUUUAAAACAAUAUUUUAACCAUGUCAUCCUCUGGAAUUGUCCUUUUCGAACCCUCCGAGCUUUACAACUUGUUGAACCAGUCGUUCCAACAUCCUCGACUCAGCGAUCCCAACUACUUGCUUUUACUCGAUACUAGGAAGAGACAUGAUUAUAGCGAGAGUCAUGUUGUUACAGCAAAGUAUGCACCGCGGAAUGACAUAGGAGCGUUCACAGUACCAGAGGAUGCAGAGCUGGAGACUAAAGUGAAUGUUGUCCUUUAUGACAGCAAUACAAGCACAACUAAAGAUAAAGGAAGUACUGCUUUAUCUUGUGCCAAAUUGUUAUGGGAAAUGGGUAGCAAAAAUCCUGUCAAAGUUUUAAAAGGUGGCUAUGAGUUGUUUUCUGCACUUUAUCCAUUCUUGAGGACACAGAAAAUCAUUUAUAUGCCAAGGGAGCUGGAUGUGAUUCUUACCUAUCCAUUGGAAGUUCUUCCAAGCUUUUUAUAUGUUGGUACCUAUGAACAGUCACAAAAGAAAGAAAUCACUAAACAUCUAAAGCUUAAAGCCCAUGUCAAUGUUUCUAUGGAAACUGAUAAAGUGUUWUCUGUUGACUCCACAAAACUUGGAGUGAAUGAUAAGAAAGUAAGCCAGUUGCUUAACAUUCCAGUGGAAGAUAGCAAUGAUGCAGACCUAUACUCUUAUUUCCAAGAUGCGGCCAAUUUUAUUGAUGACCACAAAACUGACGAUGGACAAGGUGUUCUAAUAUACUCUACUCUUGGCAUCAGUAGAUGUAUUACUAUUGCUGUGGCCUACAUCAUGUGGCAUAAGAAGAUUUCAUUAAAGGAUGCCUACAAGCAUUUGCUGAAGUGUAAAGAAAACAUGCAACCAACCCGAGGCUUCAUUGUUCAGCUUGCAAAGUGGGAAGACAAGCUGUUUGGAAAAGCCAUCACUGACAUUAGUGAACCAAAUUAUUGACCUAAAAAAUAUUCUUUUAUUCUUGUAAAUAUCGAUUGUUGAUGGUCGUAAUGAUAUUUUAUCAAAUUGUUGUACAAAGAGAGUGGUGUAGU